AUGGUGAGCCGAAUGGGCUGGGGGGGGAGCAGGGGGCAGCUGGGGUGCUGGGGUGAGCUGGGGCCCGGCUCAAUGCCCCUGCUCCCUGUGCCCCUGCUGCCCCCUGCUCCACCGUGUCGAGGACCUGGGGGAGGGAGGGUCUCCUUCUUCUCUCUGUCCCCUACCCCUCGUACAAGAAGCUCCCCCUCCUCACCGUUCCCUCCUGCCCUGGGGUCCUCCUGCCCAGUGCUGCAGGGGACAGAGGCCUCUCAGUCUGGCCACAGUGCCCUCCCCAUCCCAGCUACCCCCACAACACAGGCAAGGCCCACAGUGACACCCGCAUGUGCUUCCCCCUCCUGGGGAUCCCACUCCACCCCACCCCUGGCCUCUGUCACUCCCCCUCCCUCACGCCGGUGCCCCCAGGACCCUCCUGGGCUGCGGAUAGGCCCUCUGAUCCCUGAGCAGGAUUAUGAGCGGCUGGAGGACUGUGACCCUGAGGGGUCCCAAGACUCACCCCUCCAUGGGGAGGAGCAGCAGCCCCUACUUCACGUACCUGAAGGGCUCCGGGGCUCCUGGCACCACAUUCAGAACCUGGACAGCUUCUUCACCAAGAUCUACAGCUACCACCAGCGAAGUGGCUUCACCUGCAUCCUGCUGGAGGAUGUCUUCCAGCUGGGACAAUUCAUUUUCAUAGUCGGCUUCACAACCUUCCUUCUUCGCUGUGUGGAUUACAAUGUUCUCUUUGCCAACCAACCAAAUAACCACACGAGGCCUGGGCCGUUCCACAGCAAAGUGAGUUUGUCAGAUGCCAUCCUACCCUCGGCCCAGUGUACAAAAAGGAUUCAUGCCAGCCCCCUGCUGGUCUUCCUCCUGGUCCUGGCUGCUGGCUUCUGGCUGUUCCAGUUGCUCCGCUCAGUUUGCAACCUCUUCAGCUACUGGGACAUCCAGGUGUUUUACAGGGAGGCUCUGCACAUCCCCCCGGAGGAGCUCAGCUCCGUGCCCUGGGCGGAGGUGCAGUGCCGCCUUCUGGAGCUGCAGAGGAGCGGGGGCCUGUGCGUGCAGCCCCGGCCGCUGACGGAACUGGAUGUCCACCAUCGCAUCCUGCGCUACACCAACUACCAGGUGGCGCUGGCCAACAAAGGCCUGCUGCCUGCCCGCUGCCCGCUACCCUGGGGAGGUAGUGUAGCUUUCCUCAGCCGCGGUCUGGCGUUCAACGUCGACCUGCUCCUCUUCCGUGGUCCCUUUUCGCUCUUCCGUGGAGGCUGGGAACUGCCUGAUGCCUACAAGCGCAGCGACCAGCGGGGCGCCCUGGCUGCGCGCUUGGGGCGCACAGUGCUGCUGCUGGCUGCUGUGAACCUGGCGCUGAGUCCGCUGGUGCUAGCCUGGCAGGUGCUGCACGCCUUCUACAGCCACGUAGAGCUGCUGCGACGUGAGCCCGGCGCGUUCGGGGCGCGCCGCUGGUCCCGCCUGGCGCGCUUGCAGCUGCGCCACUUCAACGAGCUGCCGCACGAAUUGCACGCGCGUCUAGCCCGCGCCUAUAGGCCAGCCACCGCCUUCCUGCGCGCCGCCGAGCCCCCCGCGCCUCUGCAGGCGCUGCUGGCUCGCCAGCUCGUCUUCUUCUCCGGUGCGCUCUUCGCCGCGUUGCUGGUGCUCACCAUCUAUGACGAGGACGUGCUCGCAGUAGAACACGUGCUCACCACCAUGACUGCGCUCGGGGUGACAGCCACCGUGGCCAGGUCUUUCAUCCCGGAAGAGCAGUGCCGGGGGCGUUCCCCGCAGCUUCUGCUGCAGGCUGCCCUGGCGCACAUGCACUACCUCCCGGAGGAUCCCGGCGCUGGUGGUCCGGCCAGUGCCUACAGGCAGAUGGCGCAGCUACUGCAAUACAGAGCGGUCUCCCUCCUGGAAGAGCUCCUGUCCCCACUCCUCACCCCACUGUUUCUGCUUUUCUGGUUCCGCCCUCGUGCCUUGGAGAUUAUUGACUUUUUUCAUCACUUCACUGUGGAUGUGGCAGGGGUUGGGGACAUCUGUUCUUUCUCCCUUAUGGAUGUGAAGCGCCAUGGCCACCCUCAGUGGCUCUCGGAGGGACAGACAGAAGCCUCCCUGUCUCAGCGUGCAGAGGAUGGAAAGACUGAGCUCUCCUUGAUGCGGUUCUCGCUGGCACACCCACAAUGGCGUCCCCCAGGGCACAGCUCUAAAUUCCUUGGGCACCUUCGGGGCCGGGUACAGCAAGAUGCAGCUGCCUGGAGCGCUACUACCACUCGAAGCCCCCCAACCCCAGGGGUGCUCAGCAAUUGCACCUCACCUUUGCCAGAGGCAUUCCUGGCCAACCUCUUGGUGAACCCCCUUCUACCUCCAAGGGACUUGAGCCCCACAGCCCCCUGCCCAGCUGCUGCCACAGCCAGCCUCCUUGCCUCCAUUUCCCGCAUUGCUCAGGACCCUAGCUGUGUGUCCCCAGGAGCCACUGCUGGCCAGAAGGUAGCCCAGCUCCCAGAGCUUGCUUCUGCUGAGAUGAGUCUCCAUGCCAUCUACUUACAUCAGCUUCAUCAGCAGCAGCAGCAGGAACUGUGGGGAGAGGCUUCGGCCUCCUCCCCAUCCAGGCCCUGGUCUAGCCCCUCACAGCCAGCCUCGCCCGAUGAGGAGAAGCCAUCCUGGUCCAGUGAUGGAUCCAGUCCUGCCUCCAGUCCCAGACAGCAGUGGGGAACCCAGAGGGUCCGGAAUUUGUUCCCUAGAGGGUUUCAAGAAACCACAGACACCCAGAAGGAGCCUGGCCAGGUCCCUAGCACUGACUGAACAGACUCUUCAGGUUCCUGGCUUCUCCAACUGCAGGAGAUUGUGGAUGGUGUGUCGUGGAAGGACACAGAGCCGUUUUAGAGGUUCCCCAUAGACAACAGUCCAGGAUGCUUUAGUUGGGCAGGACCUGGGGGUCAAUAAGGAACUCACCCCAGAGAACAGAGAGUAGGAAAGGAGAAGAUGCCUGUGGCAUGGGGAAACCAGUCUUAGGUAUGGUCCCCACAUGGAUGGACUGAAGGACAUUGCCCCAACUGGCUGUCAUGGAGCAGUUACCUGGGAAGAAGUCCCAUGGUAUCAAGGUGAUUCAGGGGCCCAGAAAGAGAUCAGGCUAAGUGUUAGGGAGAUAGUGAGGAAUGUGGUCCGCAAGGCAGGGGGUUCUUCCUGCUGGCCUCCACUUCAGGUUCCCAUGAGAUGGGGAAAAUGGGGCCUUGUGUGUGGAAAAACUAAGGAGGGAUGAUCUUUUGUACUUCAGCACUGAGGAAGUGGGUGCGGCUUCUCAUCUUGUGUGAAAUAAGCAGUAAAAAUUGCUCAUGGCUGUGUGACAGUAGUCUUUGGCAUGCCCCACUGCUGGCAGCUGAGGGCUGCAUCUGCUUUCUCAAUAAAGAGCAAAGGAACAACACAGAACUGCUGUGAUUGGCUGGAAACCAUGGUAUUAGAGUGUUAGGUCACAUGCAGUGUGUAGGACUGACUGUCAAAGAAUUACCACCCCCACAGCUAAACAAGUUAAAACAAAACUUGUCUUUUUAUAAUUGUAAUCCAUAGGGAUUGGGUUAGGCGUCUCAUAACAUCUGGCAUGAUGGUCUCAUAACAGCAGUCUCUUAUGAUAAAUCUUCAAUAAAUAUUUGAAUGAUUUAGAGAUAGACUUUAAAGGUAACACUCCUGAAGGGGGUAAGGGGAAUCUACAGUUCACCUAAAGCACACGGAGGCAGGGAAGCAGGAAGGCCGCCCCCGCCCCCGCCCCCCUGCUGGCAGGGGCCUUCCAGAUUUAGGCAAAUUCCUGCCGGGAGAACUGGCCUGGAGAGAGAGGAGGCAUUUUGCUCACUCCCAGGGGAAUGAGGCUGGAUUUCUGCGCCUUGCCACAGGUGCUGGAAGGCACCUUAAGGGGUGUGGGGAGGUGGCUGGACCUGGUUAGCCGAUCUAGUAGUGCGCUAGCCUCCUUCUAUGGGCACUGGAGUGGAAAACCAGAGAGCUGUCAGGGGUAGAGGGUGUCUGGGCCGGGUGGGUCAAACGCCCAGGGCACUGCGCCCCGCAGCUGUCGCUCCUGCAGGGAAAAGCUCUGGGUGCGUAUGCGACUUGUCACCUCCUGAGUUCGCAGUGUCAGCCCGAAAAUGUCCUCGUGGUAGCGUUGCUGAUCCUGCGGGAAGAGCUCAGCUUCUCAGAACGGGGUUUGAGAACCAAGAGGGAAACUGCUAGCGUCCGGCCUGUGCCCGGCGCCGCCCCUCGGCCCCGCCCCUUCGCCGGGUCUUGCCCCGCCCUGUCCCGGGGCCUCUCCGGUUCGCACCCGCAGCACGCCGAUGACGUCACCCGCCUCGUCCAGCUCCAUGUCGCCCUCCGUCGCUAGAAUUCGUUGCACGGUCUGCAGGACGCUGGUUGCCAUGGUGACAUCGCCGCAGACGUACAUGUGGCCCCGCUCGAGGCAUAGCACGCGGUGCACCUCAGCAGCCAGCUCAGUCCUCAGGAUGUCCUGCACGCUUUGGGUUGUCCCAGCGCCCUCGGGGUCGCGCACCUUGGGGCUGUCGGGUUCUCGGGAGAAGGCGGUGAGAACGCGGCCAAACACUCCGCGCUGUUGGGCGUCUUGCACCUCGUCGCGGUAGAGAUGGUCGAGUUGCGAGCAUCGGCAGCCGAAAACCAGAGUCAUGGGGGCGGGCUGCAGCCCUGCGAGCAACACGGGCGUGGGAAGGUCCCUAUCCGAGUGCAGCCCUAGCGACGCCGCCCCAUUGGCCACCUUCGCAAUGACUGACAGCCCGGCAUUUGGGGCGGAAGCAGCCCCCCUCUUGGCUGUUUGCCCCGAGAUCCUGCUGUAUCUCUCAUUUACAAAGAAGGAAACCGGAGCUCUCAGGUGGCUGGCCAGUGGUGGAGCCAGGCUAGAACUGUGUCUUCUGACUGGAAACUCCAUGCCCUUUGCGUUGUGUGACAACACAGGUUCCUUACCUGCUCUAACCCACAUUCUCCACUCCUUCAACCUUCCUGAGUCACAGCCCCCUUUUGAUUGACGCCCCAUGCCCAACCUGAACACCCUGUCACUUCUUUAGGUGAGCCACACCUAGGUGAGCUCUGGUGCCGUCCAGAAUCCACCUGGGACAUUUCUUUUAUCUUUUGGGUCUCAGCCCUAGCUCUUCCAAUCUUCCAUUUCCCUUCCUUCUUAGUUCAGUUCAACACAGUAUGUACCAAGGAGCCAGACAAACAGGGCCCAGCCUAUGCCUCCAGGCACUCCCCAGCCCCAGCCUUGGUUCAAUAAACUCCCCUCACCUUUG